AUGGACGCGGCGCUGCUGUCCGCGCACGCGCCGUCGGCGCCGGGCACGAAGCGCUUCCUCGACAUGCUCGCGACGAGUCUGUGGGACACGGGCGCGCGCGACGGCGAGGGCUGGCUCCCCGACCGGCGCCUCGCGCUUUUAGGCUGGGCGCCGAACGACGGCGACGCCGCGGCCUUUUCCGAGGCGUUGGGCGCGACGCUCGGCGACUUCGAGGCCCAGGCCGACGGCUGGCGGUGGAUCGCCGUCGGCCGCGACGACGCCACGGGCCGCUACGCCGCCGCGGCGCUCUUCGCCGACGAGGGACGAUACUCCGAGUACGCGCGCAUGUUUCUCGACGCGUCGCCCGCGCUGCGCCACGGGACGUCGACCUACGCCGUCGACGCGCCCUGCCGCCUCAAGGCCGCGAAGGCGGACCCGCCGGCCGGCGGCGCGCUCUGGCUCGGCGAGGUCGAGGCGGCGCCGAACAGGGCGGCCGCGCUCGACGCCGUCGCCGCGGGCCUCGCCGCGGCGGCGCGGCGCGACGGCUGCGGCGCCGUCGCCGUGUCGAAGCCCUUCGCGGGCGGGUCGCGCCUCGCCUUCGCCCUCGUCUUCGACGCCGCGGCGGACCUCGCGGCCUUCCGGUCGGCGACCUUCGACCCGCUCCUCGCCGACGCGCUCGUCGACGGCGCGGCCCUCCUCGUCGACGACGUCACGACGCUCGUCGCGUCCAACGACGACGAGCGCGUCGGCGCGCGCGCGUCGCGCCGCCGCGCGGGGGCUGCCCCGACGACGAUGGCCUGGCAGAAGACGGUCUACUCGUCGCGGGGCGCGUCCAUCGAGGGCGACGAGUGGGACGAGCCGAGCUUCGAGGACUGCGCCCUCGACGAGACCGUGGUCAUCGUCGACGACGGCGCGCGCUACGCGGCCUACGAGGCGACGUGGACCGUGCUCCCGGAGGAGAAGCGGUUGGACCUGCAGAACCACGGGCGCAUCGGCCAGAGCGAGACGGGCGACGGCGCGCUCCAGGGUUUAGACGACCUGUGCACGCUCUUCGACGACGGCGACGGCUACGACGACGCGUCCAUCGAUCUCGGAGGGAACCGGCUCGGCACGCUCGGCGUCGAGGAGGUCGCGGGCCGCUGGCGCGACGCGCGGGGGUCGGGCCACUACUGCCCGGCGCCGCCCCUCACGGUCUUCGUCGCGGAGAACAUCCUGCGGAACAGCGAGUGGGGCUUCUCGGGGCUGUCCGUCGCGGACAACGACCUGGGCGUGCGGUCGCAGCUGGGCCUCGCGCGCUUCGCCGAGUGCCUGCGGGACCGCUUCGGCACGCGCUUCGGCCACGCCCUGGUCCACCUCGACCUCUCCGGGAACACGCUGCUGGGCGUCGGGGGGCACCGCAUGCUCGGCAUGAAGGAGCUCGUGAAGUGCAUGCGAAGAGUGGAUCGGGGCGCGGGCACGCUCCGCCACCUCAACCUGAGCCGCAACGAGCUCCACCACGAGGGCGCGCGCUUCCUCGCGGAGAUGCUCGCCGGGCCCGGGCUCGAGGCGCUGGAGGUGCUGGACGUGUCGGACAACUACCUGUGCACGUCGGCCGCGGGCGUGCCGACGGACGCCGGCUUCGAGAUCUUCGCCCAGGCCGUGCGCCACCACGGCGCGCUGACGGCGCUCGACGUGUCGCGGAACGCGGGCUUCGGCGACGAGGCGAGCGAGGCGCUCUUGGCGGCGUCGCGCGAGGGCGUCGCGGGCCUCCGCCACCUCCGCCUCGGCGGCAACGGGGGCUGCGGCGCGCGGUGCUGCCGCCACGUCGGCGCCGCGCUGUGCCUGAGCCGCGCGCUCACGGACGUGGAUUUGUGCGACCUCGACGUCCCGCGCGCGUCGCUCUUCGAUCUCAUCGACUGCCUGCCGACGGCGACGUCGAUCACGGCGCUGGACCUCAGCGGCAACGCGCGCGCGUUCGUCGGCGAGGACGCGGCGGACCUGUCCCUCGCGUACCGCGCGGACCCGGCCCGGAAGCUCCUCGAGGGCGUGCGGCGGAACACGUCGCUCCUGACGCUGCGGCUCUGCCGGUUGGACAUCGACGGCGUCGGCCCGGACCCCGCGGCGCUGGGCGCCGUCGGUCGGUCCCUCGUCGCGAACGCGUGCCUGCCGAAGCUCAUGGCGAACCCCUUCAAGUGGCGUCUCGCGUCCGCGGGCGACGCGAAGUGGGAGCUGCUGCGGAAGUUCAAGUACCUCGACGCAAACGAAGCCAAAAAGCUCCGGUCGAACGCGACGAUCUGCGCCGACUCCGACGCGCGCACGGUGCUCGACGCCGUCGCGCCGCCGUCGUUCCGCGCGCUGAUGACCAACGACCCCGCGUCGCUGCGGAAAUUGGACGCGCGGAACCCGUACCGCAAGUUCGCCGCGCGGCGGAUCCAAUUGACGUGGUUCGCGCACGGCCACGCGCGCGAGGGCCAGGGCCCCGUGGACUACGCGACGCACAUGACGCCCGAGGAGGCGGCCUACGAGCAGCUGCUCCGGAGCCACCGCGCGGAGAAGGCCGGCGGCCGCGCGUCCGUGACGGAUCUCGCGACGCGGAAGUCCAACUUCUGGGGCAAGCACGUCGGCCCGCACCGCCGCGGCUCCCAGAAGCAGGGCGUCUACCCGCAGCGGAAAAACACGGUCGGGCCCCACCGCCGCGAGAGCCAGCGCAGCGGCGUGUACCCGGGCGACGACGGCCACGACCCGGACGCCGCGCGCGACGUCCACAACGUCCUCGACCCGCGCGCGACGGCCAUAUGCAAAACUAACCCAUGA